GGCUGAGCGGGGGUCUUGAGAGUCUGCAAAAAUUUUAAAUCAAAAUGAGGGUCCUUGGGCUGCUAAAGUCUGAGAACUGCUGAUCUGGAUCCAAAGGGGGUGCACAAGAGGAUCCUUGGGGGUGCGCUGCAGGAGGAGCCUCUAUUUAUUUAUUUUUUUGCUUCGGCAGUUUGGGUGGGAGUCCGAGGUUUUUGUUUGUUUUUGCAGGGGGGGGGUGCUAAAUUUUUUUUUUACUGAUAGGGGUGUGCGAUCAAAAAAGUUUGGAAACCACUAAUCUAGAUCAUAGGUGCCAAGGCCAGAUGGGACCACUGUGACCGGCUAGUUUGACCUCCUGUAUUACACAGGCCAGAGACCUGCCCCAAGUAAUUCCUGUUGCAGAUCUGUUAAAUCGAGAUUGGAGGUUUUUCUUAUUGCCAGUGACCCUUGGAGAACCCACCAUGACCCUUGGUACAUUGUUCCAGUGGUUAAUUAGCCUCUUUCCCAAAGCCGGUUCCUCCCUACCCUUUGGUACGGUGGGGGCAUCACUGAAAACAACCCCAGAGGAAGUGCUAUGUGGAUCUUUCUGUCUGCACUUUGUUGGCUUUCUGGCCAGAAUGUAGAGCCAAAGAAAUUGCCCCCAGAAGGUGCUGACAGAAUGCACCAGCAAAUCCUCAUGCCUAUCACAUAGCUUCUAGGACAGACAUGAAAAGCAAUUCCUCACUCAAUAUCCCACCCACCCCCAGCCCAGCUGAGUAAUAUUUCCCAGGCUGCCACCAACAACUGCAGGGACAUGGCAUGUCAGUUCCAGGGAGGGUUAGUGUCCAGCAGCCAAGCACCUGCAUUUAAUGUCCUUGCAGGUGGUACUAUUGCAAUGCUAAGUCUGCAAGAUCAGAUAUUCCAGCACCAGAAUAUUCCCAAAGUUCAGGUUGUUUGGGAAAAGGUAACUUAUUCCCAUUACAUCAGGGCUUGAAGAAUUCCUAGGGUCCGUGCUUGCAGAGAGUGGAAUGUCUCCCUGGUGAGUUUGAAGACCUGCACCAUCUAUUUCUGCAGAGUUUAAGCUUUCAGUAACUGACAAAUGAAAAUCCUUAUGGUUGUGAAGAAAACCUUUCAAAGACAACCGGUGCAGGGCUGUGUGACUGAGCCUGCAGUCAGCUCUAGAGCUUCUGCUGCUGCUCUGAGCUUUGCCAAGCAUUUGAAAAUUAGUCAGUUACGCAGUGGUUGUGCAGAACCAUUUGAGCAUCAGUGAUCAUAACCAGAACCAACUCAGUUUCACUCUGCUGCUGCUUGGGAAAGGUACAGUUGCUGGAGUUACUCAGGGUAGAAAAAUGGGAGCUGAGAGUAGCAGCUGCCUCUCCACCUCUUGAUGCAGACAGUGCAAUGGAGACUGACCCCUCCCCGCAUAAGAUCAGCCAGGAGGCUCUGACAAGUCAGGGGGGAACAAGACAAGAAUCUCCUUUUACCUUCAAGCAGCUGAGAGGGAAGUGGGAGUGCUUCAAAUUACAGGAACUCCUCACUUAACGUAGUUAUGUUCCUGAAAAAUGCAACUUUAAGCGAAACAAUGUUAAGUGAUUCCAAUUUCCCCAUAAGAAUUAAUGUAAAUGAGGGGGUUAGGUUCCAGGGAAUUUUUUUUCACCAGACAAAAGACUAUCUUAUAUUGUCAUAACUAUAAAGGGAAGGAAACAGCCCUCCUGUGUUCAAUACUAUAAAAGCUCUCCUGGCCAGAGACACCAAAAUCCUUUUACCUGUAAAGGUUUAAGAAGCUCAGGUAACCUGGCUGACACUUGACCCAAAGGACCAAUGAAGGGACAAGAUACUUUCAAAUCUUGGUGGGGGGAAGUCUUUUGUUUGUGCUCUUUGUUUUGGGGGUUGUUCGCUCUUGGGACUAAGAGGGACCAGACAUCAAUCCAUGCUCUCCAAAUCUUUCUGAACCAGUUUCUCAUAUUUCAGACUUGUAAGUAACAGCCAGGCAAGGCGUGUUAGUUUUAUCUUUGUUUUCUCAACUUGUAAAUGUUCCUUUUGCUAAAGGGUUUACCUCUGUUUGCUGAAACUUGGAACCUAAGGCUAGAGGGGGUUCCUCUGGGCUCUUUGAAUCUGAUUACCCUAUAAAGUUAUUUUCCAUCCUGAUUUUACAGAGAUGAUUUUUACCUUUCUUUCUUUAAUUAAAAGUGUUCUUUUUAAGAACCUGAUUGAUUUUUUUCCUUGUUUUAAGAUCCAAGGGCGUUGGAUCUGCACUCACCAGGAAUCUGUGGGGGGAAAGGAGGAGGAAUGAUUAAUUUCUCCUUGUUUUAAGAUCCAGGGGUUUGAAUCGGUGAUCACCAGGAACUUGGUGGAGAAGUCUCUCAAGGCUACUGGGAGGGAGAUAGUCUGCGGGAGAGGUAGACAGAGUUUCCCAAAUAACUCUUAAAGGAUUUGGGUGGUGGCAGUAAAACCAGAUCUAAGCUGGUAAUUAAGCUGAGAGGUUCUCAUGCAGGUGCCUACAUCUGUACCCUAGAGUUCAGAGUGGGGAAGGAACCUUGAGACACAGACAGACACACACACACACACACAAAGUUUUAAACAAACAAUUUAAUACUGACAUUAGCCCCCUUCUUCCUCACCUCCCCCCAUCACACACACAGCAAACAGGAGUCUCAGGGAGCAGCUCAAAGGCAGAGGGCAGGAGCGGCACAUGGCAAUGGGGAGAGGGACAGCUGCAAUUGCUAGCCUGCUGGGCAGCUGCUGCACAGAGAACUUAGGGGAGUGGGGAGCUGAUGGGGGGGCUGCCGGUCCCUCCUUGGUAGUCCAUCGAUCCAAUGAUGACAAAAAGGCUGCUGGUCCACCCUGGUUCCAAGCCCCCACCAGCUCACUCCACCAGGCUGCUCUUCCUGCAAGCAGGGACAAAGCAGGCAGCUGCCAAACGACCUUAGAAGGGAGCAUUGCACAACUUUAAACGAGCACGUUCCCUAAUUGAUCAGCAACGAAACAAGGUUAACUGGGAUGACUUUAAGUGAGGAGUUCCUGUAAUCAGACACAAUUUAUCUGAGCCAGAGGAUGACAUGAAAAGUGGAGCCUCAGCAUGGCCUGGGGCUGACAUCCUGCUGGAAAUCCCUGCACCAGCCGCUGGGCGAACAGGGAAGCUGAACUGCUGCCUUGACCCUGCAGGUAGUUACCCUUCUCUCUUCUGACCGCCAGAUCCCUGGCUGGUAGAUGGCCAGUUCAUUUUCCAGGCUCUGCACAGGAAUGCUAGUGCCUCUAGAAUUAAUUGUGAAGGUUCGUUAGGCUCUGAUGUGCUGGGAUAUGUUCCUGGAGAAUCAGGUCAGAUUAUUUUUAGUCUUUCUCAGCCUGUUUUCCAGCAUCUCUUCCCCGGGCCUGUCAGAAAGCAAACCCAUCUCCGUGGUUGGCUCGUGCCUGUGCGUGGGGGGGAUAGGGAGUGUUAGCCUGUUUAGCCCUCGGAGAAGCUGUCUCACUCAUUCAAGAUGUGUGGAGUUUUUGUGUAAUUUCCCCCAGGCCAGUUGGUGUGUGGGGCUCCUACCCAUGUGGCUGGAUUUUAAUGCAGCUGCAGCCUCUUGCCAGGAACUCUGCCCCCGGCCCCCACUGCUUCUGGGGAAGCCGGGGCGGAGGGAGCAGAAUGGUACUGAGAGGUGGAGCUGGUAAAAGGUCUUAUUUUGAUAAGGAGCUGGCUGCUCUGGCCAGUGCUCUGGUUAACACCCUUUGUACUUGGCUGGCUGAGCUGUGAUGGGCUGGUCAGUGAGGUUAGCGUUAGAAGAGCGUUGUGGGGCUGGCAGUGUGCUGAGGGGUGUUUUCUGGAGGGUGAGGUUAGGCCCUGCAGGUGGUGGUGGCAUUGAGUUGUGGAGUGGCUAGCUCUGAGCUAUGAUGUCCCUGCAGUUUCAGAGUUUGCAGCUGGAACGGGAAACGUGCCUGGCUUCGAACCAUGCCCUGGCCAAGGAGAACCUGUCCCUGCAGCCGCGGCUGGAGAACGGCAAAGCCUCACUGGCCAUAAAGUACCAGGAGCUGCGGGAGACAAGGGAGGCGUGUCAGGAAAAGCAGCAGCGAGUGGAGACCUGCCUGAGGAAGUGGAGCCCACAGAGCGCCCUGAGGCAACUCCAAGCUGCUCUGGAGGCAGCCGAGGCGGAGUCGGAGGCGCAGGUGGAGAUGUUCCUGGGCCGGGAACUGCCCCUGGAUGCCUUCCUGGAAUUCUUUCAGGAGAGCCGGAUGCUGUCCCAUCUCCGCAGGACACAGGUGGAGAAACUGGAGCAGCUCCUGCAGAAGGAGAAGCAGCCCAGGUGGCUCCCCACGUGCUGCGAGGGGCAGCGAGCUGCCCCGCUGAACCCAGCCCGAGCCCAAGUUGCCCUGGUGCAAAACGCAGCCUCUCCCAAGAAGCUCCAGCUCCGCUAUGGCUACACACCUGCCCUGCUGGUGCCUUCUGACGCCAUCAUACCAUUCCCUGUGCCCGUUGCCCCUCCUAGCCGAAACCUGCCUCCCCUGGCCUCUUGCUCAGGCCAGUCGCCACCACCGCACUCCAGCAUCCCAUGCCUGGGCUCCCCUCUGCGUCUGAUUGGACACAUCCCCCUGCUCAGCCCGCGGCCUUUCCGUGUGCAGCAUGCGCACCUGUCUUACCCACAGAAGCAGGAGCCGCCCCACCGGUAGCUGUUGGGGCGAUGAGAUGUCCUCAGACCCAAGUCCUUGACACAGCAGCCGGCCAGUGCACGUGAGCUUUCUGUGCUAGAGAAUGGACGUGAACCAAACACCGCCCCUGCCAGCUGGGCGGCGCGAAGCCGUUCUUCACUCCCACCCUGCGUUCUCAGGAAGCCUCCAGGGGGCGCUGCAGUCUGCGGGGGUGAUGUAAUGAACUGCUCCAGGAUGCAGCUCCCGGGGGUCUGUGUGGCUGCCACGUGGCCAGAGGGGGAGCGUCAGAGGCAGCCUGGAAGGGGCUAAUUAUAAUGGGCAGAUGUUGCACGGGGGCAGCAGGCUAGGGGGAAUUCAAGCUGAGGUGAGGGGGGUUGUCAGAUGGCAGUGUCAGUGGGCGCGCAGCAGGCCUGGGUGGGUCGGGGGAUAUACAGCGUGGGGGCUGGCUGGCAGAUUACAGGCACAGGGCAGGAUCCCAGCUGCCCUGCAUGGGUUGGAGGUGAAUGCGGAUGAGAGGAGGCUACGGUGACAGGGAGGAGGGCCACAGCAGGUCCGUGGGGCACAGAGGGGAAUGCAGACCCAGGCAGGGGGCUGAGGUUACAGUGAGCAGGAUAAGAACAGGGCCAUGUUGGGUGCAGAUGACUCAUGGAAGGAGGGCUCCUGCUGUCUCCCUCCCCUUCCUGCUCUGCCAGCCUGUCUGUGUGAGAGAGAGCGAGAGAGGGGCACGAUAGCCAGGGGCAGGGGUGUGGGAGGCGUGAGGGGCAGGGCUGAGGACGACAGUGCAGGGCCCUGGUGCCAUGCUGUACAGUGUUAGGGCCUCCCAGGCAGGUACGUGGUAGUUUGUCGGGGAGCACGGGGCACCAAGAUCAUUUUCCAAAUAAAGGCACUUUCCAGUCUC